AGAGAGAGAGAGAGAGAGAGAGAGAGAGAGAGAUGAGACAGAGAGCUCUCCCAGAGGAGUUUAAGGCACAGAGGGAGCUUACUGCUGACAGAGAGACAGUGGGAGAAAGACAGGGAAUAAUACAGUGAUCACUGCCGCAAACGUAGGGACAGUCCUGUGGUACAGAGGUACCACGGUCGGGAAAGGGACGAAGAAGAAAGGACAGAAGCAAAGAGAAAGACUGACUGGAGAACAGCAUUGUGCAAUGUAAGGCAGAAACAACAGAUGAGCACAGGUCAUUAAGAGGGUAGAAGAGGGACUAAAGAGACAAACUUGACGAAAGAAAAAAAUUGACAACUUGACAAAACUAAGAUACCAUCACACGCACACACACACACACACACACACACACACACACACGCACUUCAGAAGAACAUCCACACACUGAAACUGCAAGGACUCUGGUACCAAAAGGAAUAGGACAGUUGGAUGACAAAACCUGAAAGAUGCUAAAUAAUUCUUCAAUACUCCUCAAUACAUAAGAGGGAGGAAUAAGAGACAAAAGAGAAGCAGGCAAGAAACAAAAAGGGACAGAAAGAAGAGCAGUAAGAGGAGAAAAAAGAAGAAGAAGAAGAAGAAGAAGAAGCACACAGAAGAAAAGAGGGACUUGCGAACGAGAGACCCAGACUAACUCUGGAGUAUCUAACCAGUGCUCUGCUCAGCCCAGCAGGGAAGAUGUCCAAGUCCUCCCCACGCCUGGGUCGACCCGGAUCAGCGGGGUCUAAGAGCCCCAGCUUGAGAAAGGAUCCACAGAGUAAUCGCUCAUGCAUGCUGCGGAUUGGAGAAAGACUGAUGAGGGCAGGCAGUGAGGGAAACCUGGUCCAGAGACCCAUACCAGCCCAGAGCCAGAGCCAGGCGUCCGCCGAUGGAUUAGGGCACGGAUCGAAUGGACAGACACAACCUCCAGCCCUGGAGGACAAACCCCCUGAGCAGACAGGAAAUAACUCCAGCAAAGAUCCCGGAAACUCCCAAUCCAGGGUAUCUUCUUGUUUUCCUGCUGCUGUGGACAGCAGCACUGAGCGUCUGCUGCACAAGAAACCGCACGCCAGCGGCAGCGCGCUCUGUAACCCGGACCUCUCGUCCUGUGGUUCAGCUCCACGCUCUCCCAGCACCUUACCUCGGAGCUACUUCUCUGCUGCUCACGCCAGCUGCAGGGACAAACAACUGGAUAGCCUCAUGAUGCAGCACUCGGACGUGGAGAGGAAGAAGGAGGUGUUCCUGGACCACCUGAGGCAGAAGUAUCCUCACCAUGCUGCCAUUAUCAUGGGACACCAGGACCGCUUGAGGGAACAGGCGAGGAGCCCCCCCUGUGCGGGUGUACUGGGCACGGCGGAGCAGCAGGAGCCUCUGGCUUCAGAGACCAUGUCUGAGGGAGAGGUGCUGCCCCCCACAGUCCCCUUUACAAGGGGCUGUAAAGCCAGAGCAAGUCUACCUGUGGGCCGGUCAAGUGGUCAGACAAGAGAGAGGCCGCCUGGUGUGUUGUACCUGCAGUACGGGGAGGAGACUAAGCAGGUCAGGAUUCCCGCUGAGAUCAGCAGUCCGGACGCACUGCGGGCUCUGUUUGUCACCGCCUUCCCUCAUCAGCUGACCAUGAAGAUGCUCCAGUCUCCCAACAUGGCCAUCUACAUCAAAGACACCAGCCGCAACGUCUACUACGACCUGGAGGACAUCAGAGACAUCCCAUCCCACUCCUGUCUGAAGGUUUAUCAUAAAGACCCAGCACAUGUGUUCAACCGCCAUGCCCGGCCGGCCAACGCCGAGGGAAGGAUCUCCAAAGAGGUUUUGUACGGCAGUCACAGUCCUGUCCACGCCCUGUCGUCGUCCAGCCGCAGCACCCUGCACAGCCUGCAGGGCUCCAUGUCCCCACCAAUGGUCCGCUCCAUGCCCUCGUCUCCCUCCAGGAUGGCGUACGGCGGAGGGAGCACAGGGGGGAAGGCGGCGAUCGGGGAUCCAAGCAGCGCCACGUUACCACGGGAUCGCCUGUCAGCGGCCGGGCGAUCCAGCUCCCUCUGCAGCAGCAGCAGCAGCGCCAUACUGGAGAGAAAAGACGUCAAGCCCGAUGACAUCAGCAACAGUAAGAGCAUGGCCCUGGUGGUGCGUGGCGAAGGUGGAACACAUUACCCAGACUCCUACUGCUCCUCCAUGCAGGAUGGAGGAGGAGGUCGCCUCAGCAUGGCCUCCUCCCAGUGUAGCGCUCCGCCCUCUCUCACGGCUGACAUGGUUGACGCCGGGGUCACGGGGAUCCCCGGGGGGCUGCAGCAGUACCGGGCCUCCAUUAAACCCCUGAUGGGCUACGGAGAGAGCAUGGAGCACCAGACCCGCUCCCUCCACAGGCAGAAGAGCAGGAAGUAUGGAGACAGCCAGCUUCCUCCACUGGGAACUAAAACCCCGCCCCCUUCCCCUCACAGAGUCAACGGAGUCAGGAUGAUUGACGGACAGAUCAUUGGAGGGGUGGGCCUGGUUUCUACAGAGAGGAUGUCGCCAAUCCGCCGGUCCGUGCGACGGGAGAGUAACGGAGCCCCAGUGGAGAUUGUAAACAGAAGCAGGGGAAGUGGCUCGUCGUCCUCAGCCUCAUCCGUUUUUUUGGACAGCCCUCUGGGACAACCUGAGAGACUGUUUCAGGGUCAUGUGACCGCCAGCAACUCCCAGAGUGAGAGAAUGAAAGCCAUGGAGCAGCAGAUAGCCAGUCUAGCAGGUCUGGUGCACAGUGCUUUGUCUAUGGGACCGGAUAUUCCAGGAGUCAAGGACGCUGUCAGUGAGAAUGCUGAACGCAAACUUCUCAACAACAGACCUGUAAUGUCAUCUGAGCCUGACAGCUUCAGCCCCGCCCCUCUGGCUCUUCAGGCCCCUCCCUCUGACAGCGGGCUGCAGCAGAGCUUGGUGUUAGCAAAGAGAAAUGUGUGUGAGCUGCGACUGCAACUCAACCAGCUCAGACACUUACAGCUGUUGAACCAGGAGAGUGUGGGUUCGAUGCUGCGGAUGGCAGGUCAGGAGCUGGUGGUGCUGAUGUACGACCGGCUGGCUCAGUCCGAAGAGGCAGCGUACAGACGCAGAUCCGAGAUGGAGGAGGAGAGGAUCCACUACCUGGCUACAGAGGAGAAUAUACUCACACAGCUCCAUGAACUGGAGGACUAUGUGAACCAUUUGCAACAUAGCUCCGCCUCCAGUCCCGACCAGCUGUCAGUCACUCUGAGAGACGUGGAGGAGGGAGCGGUCAACCUGCGCAGGGUUGGAGAAGCUCUGGCCAUCCUUAAAGGUGAGUAUCCAGAGCUGCAGGGGAAGAUGCGCUCCGUGCUGAGGCUGGAGGUGGAGGCCGUGCGGUUCCUGAAGGAGGAGCCUCACAAGAUGGACUCCAUGCUGAAGAGGGUCAAAGACCUGACUGAAGGCCUCAGUCGUCUCCGCAGGUAUGUGUCAGAGUCAGCCACCCAAGCCAGACCAGCCCAUGUGGAGUCUGUAAAGGUCCUACAAACUGAACCGGGCCCCUUGAAGACCCAGAGCCCCCAGAGCUCCCCCAAACCCCAGCCUCGAUCCUCGGUCAGACCUCCUCUGCCCACCCCUACCCUCUCUGGCAGUCAGGUGGGCUCAGCCUCUCCCGUCACGGCCCGCAGAAUAAACACAGCAGCAGCCACAGUGAUCCAGCCCUCCCAGCACCACCCCAGCCCCCCACUGACACCCACUCAUGGACGAGACUCCCCCACCGUGGCCAAGGUGAGUCCUCGCAGCAGAGAGGGCAGCCCGGCCCUGCAGAGGAGACCGGGGCCUCUGCAAUCCCCAACACAGGACCGGACCACCGUCAAACACUCACAGACACAUACUGGGGCUGCAGAGAGACAAACUCCAGUGGGCAGUCUGAGUGUAGAAACUGGCAGCAGGAACCCCUCGAGCACCAGCCAAGCCCAGCAGUCCGCCAGCUGCGACACCAGUCAGCCUCCACCCACCAACACCAACACAGACUGUGACCAGGCCCUCCAGGAAGCCCAGGCCAGCCUGAUUAUGUCCAUCCCUGAUCUGAAUGUGUCCGAUACCAGAAAGGGUUGCUCCGAUUCUGCCUCAGGACAGAUCCCCCCCGCUGCAUCAGAGUCAGAGCAGAACACGGCUCUGGACCCGACGCUGCAAGCCUCAGUGGAGCAGCAGGCUCUUCUGUCUGAUUCCCAGGAAGACACACCUCCGCAGCUGGCGGAUGAGGUGGACUCCACCCAGUUACAACCCCCAGACACAGCUCCAGCAGCAGCCUCACAGCUCCCUGCAACCGCUGUGAAGCCUCCUCCCUCAGCUUUUCCAUCAUCUGCUACAUUAGCUCCUCCAUCAGCUUCUCCAUCAGCUGCUCCAUCAGCUUCUCCCUCAGCUUCUCCAUCAGCUGCUCCAUCAGCUUCUCCCUCAGCUUCCCCAUCAGCUUCUCCCUCAGCUUCUCCCAGCAACAGGCGGCCACAGGUGGAGAAACCCCGCCGCACCAGUGUGGACAAGGUGAUGAAGCAGAGCCCAGAGAGGGCCAGCAAGUCUCCUCCUCCUCCUCCUCCACGAAGGUUCCAUGCUGUCAAUUCAGGUCUGACUACAACACGGUCAGGAGAGGUGAUUUUCACCACCAGGAAAGAGCCGGUUGGAGCCCAGGAUGAGGGUGAGAAAGAGCCGCCUGUGGUUCCUCAGCCCAAACCCCUAAGACAGCCACCAGAGGUCAAACCCAAACCCCAGAUGUGUGCUCCUGCACAUCUGGCUGGUUCCACCUCCACUCUUUCUACAGCCUUAGCACACAGGGAGAACGAGGAAGAGGAUGAGGAGGAGGAGGAGGACAGUAAAUUCAUGAAAGAGCUGCAGGUGUUUCAGCAGAAAUGCACUGUGAGGGAUGUAGGGAGCAGAGGUGUGGCUGAACUCCCAGCCUCUGAUUUUCAGAACAGAGGGAUGGAGUCUCAGGUGACUACAGAACUGUCAAAUUAUAAUGAUUUGCCAGGUGGAAAUAAGCAAUGGAAAAAAGAGGUGAGGACAUCUCCAGGUCUAAAGAUUUCAGAGUUAGCACCAUCAGUUUCUCAGAUGGGAAUUACAGAUGGCUGCCCUCGUAAACUCAUAACAGCAGUUGGACUGGACGGACACAAUGGAGUAAAGAAAGACAAUGUCAAUCCUAAUAAUAAGAAGGAAACAGAGCAGAAUGUGCUGAAACAAUUGCCUUCCUCAAACUGUGCAAGAGUAGAGAAGGCGUUGGUACCCCCACCGGUCGCUUUACAAGAUGUUCAGGCUGCCCAGAAGAAUGAGGAAGUACCAACACCAACCCAAAAGAAAGCAGAGAAGAUGGAGGUACUUGCAGUGACAACUUCACAAAAACAAUAUGAUCUUACUGUGAAAAGUUCUGAUCAGAUUAACAAGGAGGUUGUUGGACAGGUGCGCUCCCCAACUGCAGCAGAAAAGAAGGUUAAGUUUACAACAGUUGUUACUCUUCAAAAAGAAAACAUUCAAGCUGCUGACACAAGUCCUGAGCAGACAAAUGAAAACUCUGUCAAAGAGGUACCAGCUGAGAAGAAGUCAAACCUGAUGGUGGUUGUAACUCUACAAAAAGAAGACACCCCAGAGGAUUGCUUGAUAGACGUUGAGCAGGAUAGGUCUCUGAGCUCAGACCCGGAGUGUGUAGCUUCUUCUCCUGUCCCUAAACUUUUAUCCCAGAACCCAGAGGCAACGGUGCAGCUAUCCAGGGACCAACCGCAAUACACAGAAGAAGGAGGUAGCCUGAGCCCUGAAAUUUGGGACAAUGAGGGACCUCCUCCUCCUCCUCCACCACCUCCGUCUGGUAAAAUCAGCCUUAGAAUCUCCAGGAGUCCAAGAGUCCGGACACAGUCCAAAGAGGAAGACCUAGCUGAAAUGAGUCCCUCUGACGUACAGACCGCAGCUGGGGACGGCACCGGUGAACCCAUUUAUCUGGCAUAUGAGAACCGGAGUUUCCAGGACAGUGAUGACUCUGAUAAUAAACCUAUUAUCAUUUUCCUGAAUGAGCCUAUGGACAUUCAGUCAGCCUACAAGCGUCUGUCUACCAUCUUUGAAUGUGAAGAAGACUUUAAUGGGAUUCUCUUUCCAGAAAAUAUUGUGGAGGAAAAGGAGACACUGCAGGAUGAAGAGAAACAGGAUGUAAGAAAAAUGUGCAUCACCCAAUCAAAUGUGGGCUUAGACCUUAAAGACUUCACAGGAAAUGGUCAGAAUUCUCUACAUAUGCAACAUCAGAGAACUUCAGGCCAUAAUGGCUCAAUUUCUGAAAACCAAGACCAGGAUAAACCAGAAUUGCCUAGAAAGCCAGAGACCAAAAGGAAAUUUAAAUUUAAGUUUCCCAAAGACAAACUGGCUGCAAUUAGCCAGGCCAUGCGGACAGGGACAACCAAAACAGGAAAGAAGACUCUUCAGGUUGUUGUCUAUGAGGAAGAAGAAGAGAUAGCGUCGGACAGAACGCCAGCUAAGACGACCAAGAAGAAGACAAAAGAAUCAAAGAGGUUUGAGACCAACAGUACCAAACAAUUGAACUUGGGUGAAGGCAAUGCCUGCGACAGAGACAUCAAGGUCUCCUCUCCCAUUGACACCAGACACUCAAAGUCACGUAGCCAGAGGAAGGAGCUCUGCAAAACUACGCUCGACUCUAUUGACAGUCUGGAAGAGUCCAUAAAACAGUUGGAAAUCAGCGUGGGCAGUAUGUCUUCGCCUCCUCAGUCCCCCGACUCUUCCGUUGACUCCACUGACAGAGCUCAGCUUAAAGACAAAGCCAAACGAGAAAGGGAGAGAAGCCCGUCCAAGAGGCCAGCCUCUCAGAUCCUCAAGGGCCCAAAUCCACCUCAGAGUAAGAAGGCCAAAGCACAGCCUCCACACGACACUGGGAAAACCUCCACCAAGAAACAGACCUCCAGCAGCAGCGCCAGCUCUUCUGCUCAGCGACUCCACACCAAGUCUCACCCCUCGCCCUCCUCUGGCUCGCCAGAGAAGACAGCUAAGGACCAGCAGCAGGCCACCCACAAGCAGGCGGACAGCAGAAGCAGUAGAGCAGCCGGGGAUAGUAGCCAUUCGCUCGUUGCUUUGCGUGCCUCUAAGAUCCCCGCCUUGUGCCAUAGCUCUGGGAAACACCCGUCUGCUUCUCUGUCCACUCCUCACUGCUCAGACACCACCGAACUCUCCUCCUCCUCCUCCUCUUCCUCCUCUGCUUCUUCACCCUCUGCUUCCUCCACCCCCUCUUCUGGGAAACACUCUCUUCUGUCUCCGCCUUCAAAGUGUCCCUCCCGUCCCUCUUCUCCUUCCUCCGCCCAGCCUUCCAGGCAUCAGGCUUCUCUGUGUCCCCUCUCCUCUUCCUCCGCAGUGAAAAAGGCGUCAGACUCCCCGCCGCGCUCCCCCUCUCGGCCCUUGCCCUCCUUUUCUGUCCCCGCUCCUCCUCACAAGUCUUUUAUCCCGUCUCUGAAUCUGGGUCGUCUCCUCCCCUCAUCCAGCCACGUCUCGUCGCCAUCCCACGCUAGCGGCGGCCCGGCCCAGCGCGGGCCUCGCGGCGGCGGCGGCGGCAGCAAACACCAGCAGCACCUCGCCCUCACCGCCACUUCCAGCGCCGCCCACGCCUCCCAACACAGCUGCUACACGUCAUCCUCCUACUCUUCAUCCUCGCCCUCCUCGUCCUCCACCUCCUCCUCUCUCUCUCCGGGCCGCGGCAAGAAAGGCAGCGGGAGACACGCUGGCCAAGUCCUGCCGGCGGCGGCCUCUAAGGACGCAGCGUGA